GUCGCGUCAUGGACGCCAUCAAUCCCGUCCAGAAGGGGCCCUACACCUCCGAGACAGCCUCCGUGUCCAAACUCGGCGACCGUAUCGUCCAAGAUGAAGAGGCCCAAAACCUCCGCAAAGGGCUUCAACAGCGCCAUACGCAGAUGAUUGCCAUUGCCGGUGCCAUCGGAACCGGCCUCUUCCUCGGCCUCGGCAGCGCCAUCCAGACCGGCGGCCCGCUCGGAGCCCUACUCGGAUAUGCCCUGAUCGGGGUUGUCGUGUGCGCCGUGCAAAUCGCCCUCGGCGAAGUCUCCGCCCUGAUGCCGGUGACGGGGUCUUUUGUCCGCCACGUCGAGAUUCUCGUCGAUCCGGCGCUCGGGUUCGCCAUUGGCUGGAAUGUCGUCUAUGGAUGUUUCAUGUCCGUUCCGAGUGAAAUCUCCGCUGCCGUGGUCCUGAUCCAAUACUGGACGGACCUUAACACCGCUAUCUGGAUUACCAUCCUGAUCGUCCUUUCUGCUAUCGUCUCCCUGCUUUUUAUUCGCGUCUACGGUGAACUCGAAUUCGGCUUCGCUAUUCUCAAAAUCCUCCUUAUCAUCGGGAUUAUUCUCAUGGGGUUGGUUAUUGAUCUCGGUGGUGUCAAGGGGACUCCUAGACUGGGAUUCCAUUACUGGAAAGACCCCGGCCCGUUUGUUGAAUACAUCGCCAGUGGUUCAUGGGGCCGAUUUCUCGGCUUCUGGGCCGUCAUGACCAACGCCGUGUACUCUUUCUCCGGAGUCGAAAGUCUCACCAUGGCAGCAGCGGAAAUGGAAAACCCACGACAGAAUAUCCCGCGCGCAUGCAAAAGGGUCUUCGCCCGCGUGACCAUCUUCUACUUCAUCGCCGUUCUUAUUGUCGGGAUGAUCGUGCCCAGCAACGACCCCAGAUUAGGCAACGAAUCCGGAACCGCCACACAAAGCCCCUUUGUCAUCGCUGCGGUUGACGCAGGAAUCAAAGUCGUCCCGUCGAUCAUCAACGCCGUGGUAUUAACCUCCGCCUGGUCGUCCUCGAAUCAGAGUAUACUCUCCGGAACGCGGACGCUGUAUGGGCUCGCAUUGAAAGGCCAUGCCCCUGGCAUAUUCCUGCGCACGACCAAGCACGGCGUACCUUAUAUGUGUGCGGCGCUGCAAAUCGCGGUCUCGUGUUUGGCGUACCUGGCGUGUUCGAAUGGCGCGUAUACGGUGUUUAAUUGGUUAUUGGAUUUGACGGCGGCCGGGGUGUUGGUUUCGUGGGGGACGAUUGCGUUGAAUCAUAUUCGGUUGAUGAGGGGGUUUGAGAAGCAGGGUUUGGAUAGGGGGGAGAUGCCGUGGCAUAAUUGGUGGUCGAUCUACUCAUCUUACUUCGCCCUAAUCACCUGCAUUAUUGUGCUCUUCACCGGUGGAUUCCCUGCCUUUACACACGGAAACUGGGACGCUUCAUACUUUGUCUCUUCAUAUCUGGACAUCCCAUUGGUAUUGGCCUUCUACUUCGGAUACAAAUUCUACAAAAAAACAAAAUGGGUUUCCGCGUAUGAAAUCCCCAUUCAGCAGGCGCUGUUGGAGGCGAGGACUGAUCCGGAUAAUGUUCCCGUCCGGGAGGGGAAAUGGACGAAGUGGAAUUUCUUGUGGGGGUAGAUCCUUAUACAUAUAUAGUAGGAGUAUUAGAAUUAGUAAUGAUGAUUGUGAUGUGAUCAUGACUGGGAUGGUUAUGUUUGGAGUGGAGGAUUAGCCGAUGUGCUUUACGUUCGGUAAUUACCGGUCUCCCAACCGUGAUUUAUUAGCAUCAGAUGAUCCACACCCUAUGGAAUACUCCAUCCAUCCAUUGAC